UCAAAUUAAUGCAGCAGUCAAAUCCAAUCCUCUUUAUAAUCUCAAAUAUUUUAGAUGAGAUAAUCAAAGAAACUGAUUCUCUUGAAUUAGAAUCAAAUUCUCUCUUUCAUGCAGUAUCAGCUCCGGCUAUAACAAUUUUCAACUAUUUGUAAAGAAUAAGCAAAUAUACGCAUUGCAGUGAAUAAUGUUUUGUUAUAGCUCUCAUAUACCUUGACAGACUUUAAGAAAAACACGCAUAUCUAGUAUUAAAUUCUCAUUGUAUACAUAGGUAUAUCUUUUUAUACAUCUUUUAUAGAUUUUUACUUCUAGCCAUUGUAAUUGCGAUAAAAUUUUAAGAUGAUGAUUAUUAUAAAAAUGAAUACUAUGCAAAGGUUGGUGGAGUAAAUUUGAAAGAAAUAAAUAAAUUAGAACAAGAAUUUUUAGAAUAUAUGAAUUAUGAAUUGUUCAUUGAUUAACAAUAAUAUCUUGCAUAUGAAAAGAGAUUAUUAGAAUAUGGUGAAAUAGAAAUGCCUUGA